CUUUUAUAAUCAUUUUCCAGUUUUGCAGAUAUAAGAGUAAAACACAAGAGGAUCCGUCAUCAUGUUCGACAUUACCGCUUAUGCAGCGACUUUCAUUUUUCUGCUACUUGGUGUGAUCGUCUAUAGAGGGCCUCAAAACUUUGCAAAGUGUUGGCUCCAUCUGCGGUCGUUGAAAAGUCCGCAGAGAGCCACAACCGUGCCUGGACUUGAUCCAUCCGAUCCAGUUGUGAUCUUCCCCUUGGACAGGAAAGGGAAUCUUGAUGAAAUCGAAGAUGCAGGAAGCCUACAGCAGUUUUUGGCAAAUCUUCAUGCCGAGUAUGGCGACAUCGCAUCGUUUUAUUUCACCGAUCAACUGUGUAUCAGUAUCAAGUCGCCAGAACUAUUUCAAGAACACCGGACAGCCUUUACCAAACCAUAUAUUCUCUUCAAGCUCUUAGAACCAUUGUUUACAAAAGAAAGCAUCGUCUACGCGGAGGAAAGUGAUGUUCGUAAAAGACGAGAACUAACAAACAGGUGUUUUGGAUUUCAAGCGCUCCAGAACUUUAUUGAAAUCUUUAACGAGAUCACAGAACACUUGGUGGAGAAGAUUUCAUCAUUACCGCCCGGGGAACACAUCCCUCUGAAUGAAACCUGUCUUGGUCUCUCCCUGAAGAUGAUAAUGCUAACAGUAUCUGGAGAAUAUUUCAAAGAUGACAAGACCAGCACUGAAUUUAAGAAGACGUAUGACUUGGUGUGGAAUGAAAUUGAAAGUAGGUUUGCUGGUGAUAUUCCACCAGAAGGAAGUGGCAGAAUUAAGACAUUCAAAGAAGCAAAGGAAAUAUUAUUUUCGUUCUUUGGUCGUAUCAUUAAUAACCGAAGAUGCAAUCCUCCCAGUGACGAGAGGGCAGUUUUCAUUGAUGUUCUAAUCAAGUCUGACUACCAAUCAGAAGUACUCCUUGCUGAUCUGGAAACGUACUUGAAUGGAGGAUUUCAUGCGUCCGGAUAUUUGUUUGCUUGGGCACUAUUCUUCUUAGCUGAACAUGAUGACAUCCAGGAAAAACUGUACAACCAUGUGAUUGACAUCGUUGGCAAGACUGGACCGGUCAGCAUGGAACAUGUAGCAAAGAUGACACUCCAGUAAUCCAUGCGCUAGGCGUUUCCUUCAUGUCUGAGAAGUACUUUCCCAACCCCAAAAUGUGAGUGACACAUAUACCAUGUAUACGUUGCAACUACCGUCGUGCAUGCACUGCUAUGCUAUUGCAUGGGAUAUCAAAAGUCAAUGAAAUGCAUGGUGCAUAAUGUUCGAAUGUAAUUAGAUUAUUUA